AUGCUACCAGUUGGCAAGUCUAAAUCCAUCAAUAUCGAGACUCCAAAAAGCUUAGCCAUGAUGAGUGAUUCUGAAUAUUCAAGUACUGACUCAGAAGCAACUCUAGAUGACCUCCCUCCUAUAGUGAUUGAUGCAAAUUUAGAGGAGGAAGAAAAUAGGGUUGUUGUGUCCCCCAUGUGGAAUCCACAAGGAUCUCAUAUGCUUUUCAAUAAUCAGCCUUUGGACGUUAUGCCUUUGAAUGCCAUUCCCUUCGGGCAAAAGGUGUCUCUAGGAAAAGAAAAAGAAGAGGUUCCGGUUCCUCAAUGGAUGAAGGAACUCGAUCUCUACAAAGAUGGGGACUGGAAAGUGUUCCUUCAAAUAAGGGAUGAUGGGCAUAAAGAUUGGUCCUACAAUCACCGGGAGUACCAAGCAGUUUUCCGCUCCAGGGCAGAGGUUAAACUCUUUAUGGAUACAACCCUAAUCAACGGGACAAAUAUAUUCAAAGGGAGAAAACUGCAGAAGAAGAGGGCACUGGAUUCCAAUGGUGAAGGCAGUGGUGGGAGUACGUCUACCAGGGCAAAGAAGAUUACUGCCACUAAGAAAAGCGAGAAGACCUCGAGCACUGGAAAUUACCCUGUGGUGCCGAAGCCGGGGCCAACUCUGCCUCCUGGGUUCGUCUAG